UCCCAUCCUGAGGCCAAUGAGGUUUAGAGCCCUCUGUGCUACAGAACAAAAUAUCUCUGUAAUUUUUUUCCCUUCGCAUUUUUCAGCUUUCCCCGACGUGAAAGGGGUGACCAUCUGUCGGAAACCCGCAUCAGCCCCGAUCAUUCGAAAGCAGCUGGGUUCUGGAGGUGACGAGUUUAGGGCUGGCUGGUCCUUGUGUGGCACCCCCCCCGUGACUGCCCACGCCUCUGCCGGAUCACUCGGGAUGGACUCCAAGGUCUCCGAGGGCGGCCUGAAUGUCACACUCACCAUCCGGCUGCUCAUGCACGGCAAGGAGGUGGGCAGCAUCAUUGGGAAGAAAGGAGAGACGGUGAAAAAGAUGCGGGAGGAGAGUGGAGCAAGAAUCAACAUCUCCGAGGGCAACUGCCCGGAGAGAAUCGUGACCAUCACCGGCCCCACCGACGCCAUCUUCAAGGCGUUCGCCAUGAUCGCCUACAAAUUCGAGGAGGACAUCAUCAACUCCAUGAGCAACAGCACAGCGACCAGCGCUUAGACACGCCGCCCCUGCUCCUCUCCUGUGCGGUGGGCAGCACAGUGCGCUCCCACCGACCAGCAAGCCGGCUCCAAGAUCAAGGAAAUCCGGGAGGCCCCAGGGGCCCAGGUGCAAGUGGCGGGGGACAUGCUGCCCAACUCCACCGAGCGGGCAGUGACGAUUUCGGGGACCCCCGACGCAAUCAUCCAGUGUGUCAAACAGAUCUGUGUGGUGAUGCUGGAGUCCCCACCGAAAGGUGCCACCAUUCCCUACCGCCCAAAGCCCGCCUCCACCCCUGUCAUUUUUGCAGGUGGUCAGGCCUACACAAUCCAGGGGCAAUACGCCAUCCCACACCCGGAUCAGUUGACCAAGCUCCACCAGUUGGCUAUGCAGCAAACCCCCUUUACUCCCCUCGGACAGACCACCCCCGCUUUCCCUGGAGAAAAGCUGCCCUUACAUUCCUCCGAAGAAGCUCAAAAUCUGAUGGGCCAGUCAUCAGGUUUGGAUGCCAGUCCCCCGGCCAGUACUCAUGAACUCACCAUUCCCAAUGAUCUAAUAGGCUGCAUAAUCGGACGCCAAGGGACCAAAAUCAAUGAAAUCCGACAGAUGUCUGGAGCGCAGAUCAAAAUCGCCAACGCCACGGAAGGGUCCUCGGAGCGUCAGAUCACCAUCACAGGGACCCCCGCUAACAUCAGCCUGGCCCAGUACCUCAUCAACGCCAGGCUGACGUCCGAGGUCACUGGAAUGGGCGCCCUCUAAUCUCUACCCACCAGCCUCCACCCUGCAUCGCCCGGCCCUCUCGAGCCAAUGGCACGCCACCUGGCUCAUGCAACCUGUGUGUUUCCUGCCCUCCCUUUGCUUCCACACAGGCGGCUUUCUUUACACACACGCACGCGCACACACACCCUGUUUCUUUAUGAGCGCGCACACACAUAGAGUUUCUUUAUGUGCAUGCACACACACUCACACACACACACACAGUUUCUUUAUGCGCGCACACACACUCACACACACACACAGUUUCUUUAUGCACACGCACACACACACUGUUUAUGUGCAAACGCGCACACAUGCGCACACACACUGUUUCUUUAUGUGCACGUGC